CUUCCCACCAUCCCUCGCGGCCAUCCUUUCCCACUUGGUCCCCGCACGACUGUGUUUAGAUGGCUCCCACAAAGAAAGGUGCUGAGAAGAAGGGCCGCUCUGCCAUCAAAGAGGUGGUGAGCGGAGAAUACACCAUCGACAUUCACAAGAAGCGUGCUCCUCGGUCACUCAAAGAAAUCUGGAAAUUUGUCAUGAAGGAGAUGGGGACUCCGGAUGUGCGCAUUGACACCAGGCCCAAUAAAGCCGUCUGGGCCAAGGGAAUAAGGAAUGUCCCAUAUCACAUUCGAGUACAUUUGUUGAGAAAACAUAAUGAGAAUGAGGAUUCACUAAACAAGCUCUGCACAUUGGUAACUUGCGUGCCUGUUCCUGCAUUCAAAAAUAUACGAUGUGGACGAGAGCUAACCUGCUGA